CGUGGAUCUCUUCCGGUCUCGUUUCCCCCGCUCUUCUUUCAGCCCAACACAUCGUCGACCUCCCUCGCCUCGUCGACCGCCGAAGGUAGGCCGAUCCCCCUCGACGACACCACAGCCGCCCACCGGACAUCGGCCUUGCAGAAGCUGAACAGCACGUACCCGUCCGCCGUCCGCCGCCACCGCUACGCCAAGAGCACCGGGGCCCAGAGCAGCACCUAUUCGCAGCCCGUGCUUGUACGCACUUACAGCGGGCCCUCGCCCUCCCAGGCCUCACACGGCAGUGUCACUCCUGCCCGCCACCGGCCCUCUAGCAGCAGCCGUGGCCUAUCUAGGCGCGUGCCCUUGACGUUGUCGACGUCAAGAUCAGGCGCUACCUUGGCCAGCAAACCCAUCCAGCCAGCGCUCAGCGGCGUUCGGAGUGGAAGCAGUAGCAACAACGGGAACAACACAGGGAAAAAUGGAAGCACACCGGAGCCCGACGAACCAAAACUCCCCCCUCUCGAGGCCUUCUCGUUCAAGAGUUUCAUGGCCGACAUGCAGGAGCAGGGGGGGGAAAACGAUAUUGGAGCAGACUUGGACCGCAUAGCGGAAAUCUGUGCGCGUUCACGAUACUCGCUGAGUAACCAGUACGAGGUACAUGUCGCGCCGCACGGCUCGGGCACAUCGUUCUCGGCAGGUUUGGGGUCGACCGGAAUAAGGAGGAAGGGUCACAGCCGCAGCCAUAGUGGCGGUGGCCCCACGUUGCAGGCCAUCGGUUCCGAUGACGACGACAGCGCCAGCCGCUCGCACCGGAAACGGAGAAGCGGUGCCCGGCGGAGGAGCGUCGCAUACGGAACAUUGGAGACGAUAAUGUCAUCAAGCCGCUCUUCGGAGGAGGACAAGACAAAGAAGAAAUCUGCCGCCGAAAUUGCGGGAGAAGUUCGCGGGAGGGCUGCGAGGAAAGCAUGGGACCACUCGACAGAAUCGAAUUCCGGGUCACGGUCGACUGCUAAUGCCGAGGCAGGGAGUCACGGCACACCUACGGAAGGCAGCCACGACGGUCAGCAGGGACACAGAAGCAAGCUAGCCCGGAAAAAGUCGGCCUCGUUUGCUACAGCAAUUAUGGACAGCGGCCGGAGUGCCGGGCAUCGCGAUACGACGUCGACGCGAAGUCCCGCCUCCGCGCUCGUCAGCGAGCCGGCUCUACCACAGACAUCCAACAGCCAUCUAGGGGUCCGGACGGCUCCUUCAGAUCCUGGCUUUGGCAGUAAUGGAGUCCCCCAGUCUGGCCAGCCCGCCUCGCCUCGUAUAGUGGAUCCCGAUCGGCUUGAAGUCCACUUCGCCGACGACCUCCCCCACCAGGAAGAUGCGCGGUCAUCGACCGGCUCACUACUUGGCUGGGGUACAUGGAUUCCCUGGAGGACACAGCAGAGGAACGAGGCCAGCGGCGGGCCGCCCUACCAGUAUGCCAGAGUCUCGCCGAGCCACGCCGAAGGGAGUUUGCGCCAGCUGCUCAAGUCAGUGGAUAUCGCUUCUGAUAAGGGAAAGGCGGUUGAA